AUCGAUUCUCCAUACUUACGGAUGACGAGGUGUCAGUGUUAUUCUGUUUUCUGUGUUCUGACUCCAGUUCUCCUAACUUCAAUGACACAGAGUUGCUGGACUUGCUUAUUGGGGUAAAACAGGAAGUGUACCUUAAUAUGAAUCCUGUAACAAGUCAGGAAGCACAGCGAACUCUGAACAGACUGAAGUCACCUGAUUAUGGAUACCUUUGGGAAGAUCAGGACAAGCUAACGAAGGACACAAGGGAUAAAACAAUGGAUAGGGUAUCAUCAAUGAACACUGAUAUACCAUUCUGGUACAGUAACUCUGGCACAGCCAGUGCGUACCUGAGAUCAAAGGGCUACAACAGAAAAUCUGGAGAAAGGUGUGUAAUUGGUGUUGGCUGUGAUUCUUUACUGAUACAUCGUCUACAGAUGAACAUACUGACUCACGUCACAAUGGAAGACACGAAUAUAUAUCCUGAGAUAUGCCAGAUAUUGAAUGUUUCAAAUCAAAUGCUAAAGAAGGGUGAAGCUAAGCGAAAAGAUUUUCUAAUGGAUCUAAGAAAAAAAGGAAAGGAUGUUAAAUUCAGAAGAAGUUUACGGGACAGUGUAGAUCACGUGACAUGGCUCUGGAGAUACGGAUUGUACGCAAGACCUGACAUCGUGAGAUCCUGUAUUGGCCUCUAUCCACACAAUGAUAUUUACAUCAUAGACAACAAAGCUUACAGAAAACUAGGAAAACAACAAAUAUCUUCAGAGGAAGUCAGAUGUCUACUAUACUGCUUACUGUUAGCUGAAAACUAUCAACUGAGAGUCAAUGAACAAUCAAACAACAGUACAAAGGAAGCAAUCAGGGAAAGAUAUUUCCCAGAUAUUACUUAUAAAGACUUAGUAGAACUUCCUUCUGGAAUUGCAGAAACGCGUGACGGUGUGAUAACAUUUAUAUCAGACGACAUCAGACAUGAUGUCAUGUACGCCUUUGUUACGGAGUGUCUGGUGGAGGACAGUGAUCUGGAGUUUUUCUUGACCAUGGCGUCGCGUGACGUAAUAUCAGAGUACUGCCGGUCCUGGGAUUAUAGGAGAAGCGAGAAAGAGAGAUGUUUGUAUGUACCGGAAAGACCGGAAAAAAUGUACGACCUCUUCAUAGACAAACUUCAACUAGACAUCAUCUCACACUGUACCGUGUCGGAUAAUCGGAUUCAUGAACGUGUUAGUAAAAAGUGUAAGUAUUGA